AUGAUAAAGGAAGCUGCAAUGGUGUUCUACGAAGAAUGUAAUAAUGCGCGAUACAACGAAAUUGAGCCGGAGCGAUGUUCGUUGACAUUCGUGGAAUCGAUUGAAUCUGUUCAUGAGGAGGCGAGUGGCAGUAUACCGUUGGAAGGGUUGACCGAAUUGCCGACUUGUGCGGUUUGUUUGGAACGUAUGGANUAUGGACGAUAUUGUCCAGUUUGUCGUCAUGGUCAAACACCCGAGCUGACGCCCGAUCAGAAAUGUUUCGAUUGCGGUAAAACAACAGAUUUAUGGAUUUGUCUAAUAUGCGGUAAUAUUGGUUGUGGUCGAUAUGCUGAUGCACAUGCGUAUAGGUUAGUUUAUUGUGAGGCGUUUUUAAUUAUUCACUUUUUUCGUAAGAGCUGA